AUGUCAAGUUCUGAGAAGAGCGCCUCGCCCAAAGACGAGGAGGUCCAGAGCAACUCUCUGACUACUCCGAUCCACAAAGUCAAAUGGUAUCGGUCGACAUUCUACAAUGCGCUCAUCCUUGGACUUUGCAACUUCCUCGCGCCGGGCAUUUGGGGCGCAAUGAAUUCUCUCGGUGGAGGAGGCGAAGAGAAGCCCUAUCUUGUUAAUGCAGCAAAUGCACUGACCUUUGCCCUGAUGGUGGUAUCCUGCUUCUUUGGAAGUGUUAUCGUCCGAUUCAUUGGGAUCAAGUGGACAUUCAUCGUGGGAACAAUGGGCUACGCGCCGUAUGCUGCGGGCCUAUACACAAACAACCGAUUUGGGGACGAAUGGUUGGUGCUCCUCGGUGCCGCUCUGUGUGGUAGUUCGGCAGGUAUUUUCUGGAUGGCUGAAGCCGCAAUCGCCCUUGCGUAUCCCGAACCAUACAACCAAGGACGCUUUCUGGGAUUUUGGCUCAGCUUCCGCGUCGGAGGGCAAAUCCUAGGAGGCGCUAUCAGCCUUGGUAUCAAUGCUCGUCGUGCAACUGAAGGCAGUGUCUCUUAUACUGUCUAUCUCAUCUUUAUUGCGCUCCAAGCACUCGGUCCCUUUGCUGGCUUACUCCUCAAUAAUCCGUCUCAAGUUCAGCGAAAGGAUGGAGUUCCAGUUCAGCUUCAGGUGAACAAUAGCAUUGGCUACGAGCUCCGAAAGAUGGUCAAGCUUUUCAUCAGCAAGAAGUUCCUUUGCAUCGUUCCAUUCAUCUGUCAAGCGGUUUACACCGAGGCAGUGAUGUUUUCAUAUGAAGGCCUCUGGUUCUCCGUGCGUUCAAGAGCGCUCGGCUCAUUCUUGUCUGGCAUCAUUGCAUUGAUUAUGGGCAAUCUUCUCGGCGCAUUCCUCGACAAUAAGUCCAUCUCGUUGAAGAAGCGAAGCCGAUAUGCUUUCUUCUUUGUUGUAGGCUGGCAAGGCCUGUGUUGGAUUUGGGCCACUGUGGUGACCACCGAGUUCCACAAGACAAACCCGGUAUACGACUGGGCCGAUCCGGGCUUUGGAAGAGCAUUCGCUCUCUUCCUGUUCUGGGUUGCUGGAUUCCAGAUCAACUACAUGUACCUAUACUUUGUGGUCGGCAACCUGGCUGAUGACCAGGAGGAAGUCAUUCGAAUUGCUGGGUUGUUGCGUGGUACCGAGUCAGCCGCUCAGUGUGUUAGUUACGGGCUGAGCAGUAUUUCGAUCAUGGCCGCAAUUGGAAGUGUCUAUCUGAAUUUCGCUUUGUGGGCCGUUGCCAUCCCCUCUGCUUGGUACAUUAUCAGUCAGAUUGGUCUCUUUGGAGAUAAAAAGUUGGAACGAGAGACCCGGGCAUUGCGCGAUUCGUCUGACAAUGAAUGA